CAUAACAUAUCAACUUUUUUCUCCCCAUUUUAGGCCUCUAAAUCGACCGUUAGGAACCCAAACGGUCACCUUUGGCAGCUGAAUUACACCAUCAUCUUUUGACACUAUUAAACUCCCAAUUUCCAUUUCUUGACACACAAACUCAUAUUCUCUCAAAACUAACCAAUUCUCAAUUUCAAUGGACACUGCUAUGCUUCUCCAAACCCCUCCCAAACCCGCCACCUCCGACGCAGAAAACAGCCCUCCCAACGAACCAAACUCGCCGCCUCCUCCUCCUCCGGCCUGUAACUCCGGCAAGAACAGCACGCCUGACCGCCUCAAGGUUCCUAAACCGUUCAAAUACGCCGAGAGGUACACAAGCCCAACGGAUCAAAUGAUGUCCCCUGUUACCAAGAACAUUCUUGCUAGAGGCAGAAAGGGAAGCAAGCUAAUCCCACCCUCCACUAAUCACCCCAAGAUUCAAGCUUUUAAUCUUCAGGAAUCAAGCCCUCUUCCAAAUUGAGGAAAAGGAGUUUUGAAGCUUCAUAGCUAGUGUUUAUUACUUUAUUAAAUACAUGUAUUUACUUCUGUAAUACUCAUGUAUUAUCAAUUCAAGCAUUUCAUCGAACACAAAAGGGGCGUUUUU